AUGAAACAAAGUAUUGAGUUCGCAUGUUUUAUCAAAAUUUUUAUGUUUAUCAUUUUAAUUUGGACUUGUCAUUUUUACAGUAACAUGAGCAGGUUUAACAAAAUUUUGGAUGAAAAGCAUGGCUCUGAUAAAAAACUAUAUAAACGAAUUUAUCGAUUAUUAGGAAAAUGUGAAAAGAGUAUUUUUGCAAAUGUUGGAGAUUUAGAAUUAAAUAUACCAUAUAAUACAAAAAGGAAGAAUGAAGAAAUAUUUACAGUUGAUAAUGAAAAAUUUCAGAAAGAAAAAAAAGAAAAAUUAGAUAGAAGCUUAUUAUAUAAGGAAAAAUUGAUUAAGCAACUUAUGAAAAAUAAAUGUACCAUGCUACAUAAAUCAUAUAACCAUUAUGAAAAAAAAAUAAUGAAUGGACUUGAUGACAAAAAUUUUUUUAAAAAAAUAAUGUUAAUUAAUGAUAACGAUUACAAAAAAUUAAAGCGUAAAAAAUACGGGUUACGACUUAGUUUACUGUUAUUAUUGUUCGUGGUCCUAUUAAUAAUACCUAUAUUAGAUUUAUCACUUGGUGGUUUUAACAAUCCAGGUUAUAUAUUAAUUGCAUUAUGUAACUUAAUAAAUACAACAUCAACUGAUUUUUCGAGUUUACCUCCAGCAGAAGACUCGGCUGAUUUAUUGCCCUCUAUAUGUGAUCACAGUAAUAUGACAGCAACAUAUAAAACCGGUAGUGUUCUGAUAUAUUGUUUACCUAUCUUAAUAUUUGGUGUUAUACUUAUACUAGGAAUUUUUUAUUACUAUAAAAAAGUUAUAAAACUUAAAAAAAUUAAGUAUUUGAAAGAGUUCAAUGAAUGGUAA